CCAAAAUCACAAGAAAACAGUCAUCAACCGUCAAUCUCUUCUGUCAUGGAGUUGAACAAACUCAACCCCCACAACUACUCUCCUUCUUCCUCCUCCUCCUCCUCCACCCCACACCCUAAGGCGGCCGGCGACCCAAUGCAGUCCUGGUGGGAAUCCGUCUCGAAAGCUCGCGCUCGCAUCCUCUCCCUUUCCUCUAUUCUCCCCUCUGAUCCCCCCUCUUCCUUCUCCCUCUCUUCCCUUGCUGACUCCGAACGGCCUGCACUUUCCUUCCUCUCUUCUUUCGACGCUUAUGAACUUCUCUCCUCUGCUCUUUCUUGUCCUUCCUCUGGUUCUGGCUCUGAUCCUCUGUGUCAAUGGCUUUACAAUACCUAUCUUUCUUCUGAUCCUCAUCUUCGUCUUAUUGUCCUUUCGUUUCUUCCUCUGCUUUUGGGGUUGUAUCUUUCUCGGAUCCACUCCUCAGACUCUGCUUCCGCUCCUUCUCUUGCCGGUUUUGAGGCUGUUCUUCUUGCCAUAUACUCGUCGGAGGCGAAAUCUCGCGGCGGUAAGCAGGUUCUCAUACAAAUUCCUGAUCUUUCACAGCCUUCGCUUUAUCAUACCCCUCGGAACAAGCAAAAUCCACAUGGUUUUGAUGAUUCUCGACCGUCUCUUGCCGUUUUGGCGCCGCCGCUGGAGCCGCAGAUUGCUGUGAAGUCUACAAAGCGACCGGUUAUUGUUGGCGUCGCACUUGAUUGUUACUUCAAGCAGAUCUCGCAAAUGCCUAGUUGGUCUAAGGUUGAAUUGUGUAAAUAUGCUAGUGCGUGGGCUGGGCAGGAUUGUGCGUGCAGUGACAAAUUAGAUGGUGAUAAAGAAGUUGAAAUUCGAAAUGGAAAUGAAACUAAUGGUGGAUAUUUUUUGGAGGGGAGGAGCUUAAGUAAUGGUUCUGACGAUAAUGGGCAUGGAGUUGAUGAUGUUGUGAAGGAAAUGGAGAAAUUGAGUGUGGAAAAAAUUGGCACAGAGGAUUCAAGGCAAAAGGGUGUGAGGAUUCCACUACCUUGGGAGAUUUUGCAGCCUUUAUUGAGGAUUAUAGGACAUUGUUUGUUGGGGCCUUUGAAUUCCCAAGAUGUUAAGGAUGCUGCAUCUAUGGCUGUUAGGCGGUUGUAUGCAAGGGGGUCUCAUGACUUAGCUCCACAGGCCAUAUUGGCCACACGGAGUCUCAUUCUGCUUGAUAAGAGAGCCAGGGAAGCUGCAAAGGCCACAGCAGUAACAGCUGUUAAUGCUUCUUCCGAUGGUAACACACCCAGUAAAGCUAAGAAACCAGAAAUGCUUUUGGUGUCAAAGUGAGGGAUUUGCUUGGCAGGUAAUGAAUAUUCUAUGGCCAAUCUCUAUUAGCUGUAUCCAAGUCUGCUGUAUCAGAUGUACAAAGUGAUUAAUUGUAUUUAUGCAUUAUAGCUAUUGCUUGUAAUCUUGUGAUUGACCGUUAGUUCACCUUUUUCUUUUGAUUUUGUUGGAGUUGCUUAUUUAUAGGAGUUGAUUUAUCCUUCGAGCUGGUUUUGAACAGUAUAAUGAGAAAAAGAAUACCAUUUUUAUUCAUUCUAUCACAGUAUUGUGUUAUGAGAGUUGAGUUA